GAGAUGGCCGACAGAAAGAGCAGCAGCAGCGGAGGUGCCAGCUCUCGUCUGACCGUCAGGAGGAAAGACAGAGCAGAAAAUGAGGCCAAGAAAGAGGAGAAAACCCCUAAAGAAGGAGAGAACGCUGAGGUGAACGGGACGAACGCGCCGGUGGAGAACGGAGAGAACUCGGAGAAACCAGAACCCAUGGAGCUGCCGCCAUUUGAGAUCAUCACCGGGGAUCGCAUGGACCCGUUUUUCUUCAAGUUCCAGUUCAAGAACGUGGAGUACUCCUCCGGCCGGAACAAAACCUUCUUGUGUUACCUGGUGGACCAGGGGCCCGGCUCCGGAGGGCUCCUCAGGGGCUUCAUCGAGGAUGAGCACGCGAGCGGCCACGCCGAGGAGGCCUUCUUCCAGCAGGUCCUGCCCAACUACGACCCCGCCCUCAAAUACACCAUCACCUGGUACAUGUCGUCCAGUCCGUGCGCCGCCUGCGCCGCGAAGUUGGCCGAGAUCCUGAAGUCCAGGAAGAGCCUCCAUCUGUCCAUCUACUCCGCGCGGCUCUUCGAGUGGGAGGAGCCUGAGAUCGGGGCGGGGCUAAAGGCGCUGGCGGCCGCCGGUUGCAAACUGCGCAUGAUGAAGCCGCUGGAUUUCACCUACAUCUGGGACACGUUAGCGGAGAACGACGAGCAGACGUUCACACUUUGGGAGGACUGCCAGGAGAACUACGAGUACUACCAAGACAAACUAGCCGAGAUCCUGCAGUGAUCAUAAGGAAGCGAUAGCUGACGAACACUGGUCCAGAAGUGAAGAGAGUGUGUUUGUGUGAAUGAGAGAGAAAUGUGC